GCCGGAGACAGGUGUAGAAGACCCGCAGCGCCCGGCGCGCUCCGCUCUCCCCGACUCCCAGCCAGUCGGCGGCGCCCUAUCCCGCCGCCCGCGCCGAGGCGCCCCGGCCCAGGACCCGCCCGGUGACCGCAGGAGCCUCCCCGCCGCCGCCGAGACCCCCUCGCUGACCUCCCGCCCCGCCCGGUCCUGCUUCCUCCCCACCCAGCUCUGACAGCCUGAAGGGAAGAUGGAUUGGAGCACACUGCAGACCAUCUUGGGGGGUGUCAAUAAACACUCCACCAGCAUUGGAAAAAUCUGGCUCACUGUGCUCUUUAUUUUUCGCAUCAUGAUCCUUGUGGUGGCUGCAAAGGAGGUGUGGGGAGAUGAGCAAGCUGAUUUUAUCUGCAACACUCUACAGCCUGGCUGCAAAAACGUCUGCUAUGACCACUACUUCCCCAUCUCUCACAUCCGACUGUGGGCUCUGCAGUUGAUCUUCGUGUCCACGCCGGCGCUCUUGGUGGCCAUGCACGUGGCCUACAGGAGACACGAGAAGAAAAGGAAGUUCAUUAAGGGGGAGAUAAAGAGUGAAUUUAAGGACAUCGAAGAGAUUAAAAGCCAGAAAGUCCGUAUCGAAGGGUCGCUGUGGUGGACCUACACCAGCAGUAUCUUCUUCCGAGUCAUCUUUGAAGCCGCCUUCAUGUACGUCUUUUAUGUCAUGUAUGACGGCUUCGCCAUGCAGCGUCUGGUGAAGUGUAAUGCCUGGCCUUGUCCCAACACGGUAGACUGCUUUGUUUCCAGGCCCACGGAAAAGACUGUCUUCACUGUGUUUAUGAUUGCAGUGUCUGGAAUUUGCAUCUUGCUAAAUGUCACUGAAUUGUGUUAUUUGUUAAUUAGAUAUUGUUCUGGAAAGUCAAAAAAGCCAGUUUAACAUAUUGCCCUGCUGUUAGAUAAAAGUGUGAAAGGAUGAGGCAACCUGUACUUAGCUGUCAAAGCUUAGUCACCAGCAUUUUCUGAGACAAAGAUUCUGAUCUUAAAUACAACUCUUCAAAACCCCUGCAGGCCUCAUGUGAAACUCCAGAGGCCUCGGUGGUGGAGGUCUGCUCGCCUAAGGCCUCACAACAAAGGC